UUAACAUAAUGAGUGAGAAUAUGAUGAGGAGGUAAACACAUCGUUUUUGUUUAUGUUUAUGCUUAUAAUGACACAAUGAUGAUUGUCAAAUUUAACUGUGACAAUGGUUAUAAUACAAUUGUGCAACGUCAGCCGUUAUCAUUAUUAUUGUUUUUAUCAUCAACCAAAAGUAAUCAUAGAAGCCACUUGAGAAGAAGAUAGAUUUGAAUUUAUUAUUUGGUCAUCAAGAUGAACAAUUUAGCCAUAAACUAGUUUUAUUUAUCACAUUAAAACAGUGAAAAUGAGUUGUGGGCACCUGUUACUCGCAAAAGGUAAAUGGAAAGCACCAAAGUUCCGUUACAUGCGAAAAUCAAGAAAACAAACAUUACCAGCCUCUGUGACUUCUUCACCAUCAGUUGACGGUUCCUCUGGACCUUCAAGGCGUACAGACAAACCUCGAUUAAAGAAUAUCAUUUCAGAAGAAGAUACAGCAGAUGAUGAAGCUUGCUUACAGUCAUCCCCUGGUCCAAGAUUAUGUUAUCAUCUAUUAUCAUCUUCUGAUCAUCAAACUCUAUCUUCAUCAUCAGCUUUCCUAAAUGGAAAUCAUCAACACUCUUAUCCCACCGAUACAAACAUUACCUCUAACAUUGAUGGAACAAGAGCUUACCCAUCUUCAUCCCCGUGCUCCUCACCUCCUGUCGAUGUUUAUAAUGGAGUUUAUUUCGGCUUAUUACUGGCCGGUGUGGGUUUUCUUCUUCCUUACAAUUCUUUUGUAAUUGCUGUUGACUAUUUUCAAGAUCAUUUUCCGGGAACACCAAUUAUGUUUGACAUUUCAUUUGUUUAUAUUCUUUCUGCUUGUUUAGCGGUUUGCAUUAACAAUCUUUUGGUUGAACUUGUACCACUCUUUUGGCGAAUCAAUUUCGGUUACAUUCUUUCAUUUGGAACACUCACAGCGGUUGCAACUUUUGAAAUCGCCUUUUGCCCCUUCACCCAAGCCACGGCAUACUCAUUGAUUCUUUCUGCUGUCGGUGUCAUAGCCUUUGGAUGCACAAUUCAACAGUCUUCUUUUUAUGGUUACACUUCGAUGUUACCCACUCGUUAUACUCAGGCAGUUAUGACAGGAGAAUCGGCAGCUGGACUGAUUGUAUCAAUAAAUCGUAUUGUAACAAAGCUCGUAUUUUCUGAUGAACGCGUAAAUACUCUCUUAUUUUUUGGUCUAUCUAUUGUACUGAUUGGUUGUUGCAUUUUUAUACAUAAUUAUCUACAAAAGACCGCAUUUGUUCGAUAUUAUCUCACUCUUUGCUCUAAAACACGGUCGAAAUCAAAAGAAGCUCAUAAAAGAUCUAAUAUAUUAGAGGUGGAAUCAGAAAGAACAAAAGAUUUGAUUGAAGGAGGCCAUCGUGGUCACUCUGAAGGAUUAUCAUUGGUUGACUAUUUAGAAACCGACCAAAGAAGUAUAACCGAACGAUCAAUUCUUGGCCCAACCUCUUUGGUUCCGUUAGGAUCGCCAAUAAUGUCUGAUGGUGAUUACAAUAAAAAGCGUUGGGUUGCACAUUCAGAUUCAACUGAAUUUGAUAUGCCCUUUGGUAUUGAUGAAGAAGACUUGGCAAAUUAUGUUCCACCUGUGUUACCUGAACCAUCUUGGAAACGAGAAGCAAAAACGUCGACAACUUCUGUCAAUACAACACCGGCUUCCAUUUCAAAAAAGAGUGUCCUCUCAACUUUUAGUGAUAGAAAAAAAUGGAAAUCAGGAUUAAAUGAUCUCAGUGAUCCAAUCAGUUGGAACUCGGAUGGUGAUUUGAUUGAAGAAAUUAUUGAUGAUGAUACCAAACUUGAAGUUACCCCACCAACACUCUCAUCAGUUACAUUCAAAGAAACUUCUUCUGGUUUGUUUAAUUUUCAUCAUCAUUCAUGCUGCAAUAGUUACAAUUGGAAAGCAUGGCGUAAACGUUUAAUCACUGGAAUCCAAGUACGCUUCAAAAUCAGCCAAUUAAUUUGGCCUUACAUGGUUUCCAUUUGUAUGGCCUAUUUAGUAACUCUAUCACUUUUUCCCGGAAUUGAAUCUGAAAUAAUAAAUUGCUCUCUCGAAACAUGGAUGCCAGUGAUAUUGAUGGCAACUUUUAAUCUAACCGAUUUUAUUGGUAAAAUUGUGGCAUCCUUUGCUUACUAUCUCAAACCUAUUCAUCUCAUAAUCAUCUCUUCCAUACGUUUCCUCCUCAUCCCAUGUUUGGCCCUAUGUGCUGCUCCACGAUCAGCACCUUUUUUUCGGUCAAUCAUUUGGCCAUUAUUUUUCUCAUCACUCCUUGGAUUUACAAAUGGUAUCGUUGGAUCAUUACCUAUGAUACUUGCUCCAUCAAAAGUUAGUUAUAAAUUGAAAGAGCUUACUGGAAACCUGAUGACUCUUUCCUACUCAUUGGGUCUUACAACUGGGUCCGCUGCAGCUUACCUACUUGAUUACCUUCUUGGGCCAUCCUUUCAAAAUCCAGCUUCCGUACUUUGUGCUCAAGAAAAUCAAUUCAAGUUCAAUAACAACACAGUCUCAAAUUUUGUUAAAUAACAUUUCAUUGUUUGCCCAUUGAUGUGUUCCAUAUUGUCAUCCUCAUACUUCCAUUGUACAGAUGUAUACAUAUUUUCAUAGUUUUUCCUGUCUUUGUCAGUGUAAAUAUGAUCUUAAACUUCGGGAAGAACAUUCAGGACAUCCAAUAAUCAUUUCAUUCCACAAACGUCAACUUUCUGCUGUGAUUUAAAUGCAAUUACUAAUACAACCAUUAUUAAUUCAUUUUGAUGAUGCAAAGAGCUAAAAGAAUCAGAAUAUGGUAAUCCGGCAAAAUACGGUGUAUUAUCAAUUAUUGAUCAAAUAUUGAAUAUUUUCAAAAUUCUGUUGUUUAUUACAUUUUUCUGUAAAUUUAAUUCUUCAAAUCUUCCAAUCAAAUUGAAAAUUGUCAUCUUAUUCUUCCAAUUGUACAGAACAAUUAUUUAAGUUCAAGUUCAUGAGAAAAUUGUUUUUUUUGUGACAAAUGUGUUCAAAAAAUCUCACCCGUAAUAAUAAUUUCAAUUGUCUA